GCUUUAAUUUACCGUGAAAGUAACAAAACAAUUUCGAUAAUAACAUCGUCUCAUACACUGAACAUGAAAAGGGAAGUUUCAAUCACUAAUGACAUAUGGUUGAUUAUUCUAAGAAGUGCCAAUUAAAGGUAAUGCUGUGCGUCUGUGCUUUUCCUAAAAGAUACAUUGCUUGUGUGGAAUGACAUUGGACUAACUAAAAUUCUUUAGUAAGACUUUCUUACCUAAACAUUGUUGAAUAGUAGGCAUAUGAUGACCAAACAAAAAAUUUGUGGGCAUAAUUUUCACGAGUUGUUAGUUCAGAUGCUCUUUUUGGCACAAGAGGUUUGUAGCAUAGAAAAAUCUGUGUUAUUGGGAUAAGCGUUUGGAACUUUCAACUUUGGAUGCUGUCUUUUGAGCGUGCCCUUGAGUCUCUUUUAUCAGCUUCUUCUUCUUGUUCCUCCUGUUUCUCCCUCUCUGUACAUCUUUUUCUUUUUCCCACUUUCAAAAUCUACAUUAUUUACACUUUCAAAAGGGAAGCAAAUUGGAAAUUCUCACAGGCAAAAAGGAAAAAGAAUUUCAUCCUCCAUUGAUGGCCUCGAUCCAAGAGUUAAAGCAUAUCUAAGAGUAUGGAUUCAGUUAAGCGAUCAGCAGUGACCCCAAGUAAGAGUAGAUUGGCCCGCACUUUUGCUAAGGUCCUUCACAUUCGCAUGGUCACUGGCGUUGCCCCAGUAGAUGGAAUUCAGAAAAUCAAGGCCCCGGAAAGCAGCAAGGAUGAUCAGGAUACCGGUAGUUGGUCUCGGUCUCAGUCUUAUGAUGACAACGAUGAAAAACUCAGGAACACAGCUGAGCUGGAAGCCCAUCUUGCACAACUAUUUGCUAGCAUAUCAUCUGUUAAAUCAGCAUAUGCCCAGCUACAGUAUGCUCAGUCUCCUUAUGAUUCCAAUGGGAUUCAAUCUGCUGAUCAGAUUGUGGUUUCUGAGUUGAAGAAUUUGUCAGAGCUGAAGCGGUGUUAUCUGAAGAAACAGUUUGAUCCUUCCCCUGAAAGGACACUGUGUUUGGCCGAAAUUCAGGAGCAGAAGAGUCUUUUGAAAACGUAUGAAAUCAUGAGGAAGAAGUUGGAAUGUCAGAUGAAACUCAAGGAUUCUGAAAUCACUUUUCUUAGAGAGAAGUUGGAAGACUGCCAUAAGCAGAACAAGUCGCUUGAGAAGAGAUUAAAUCCAAGUGCGCAUUUAUCUGUGCUCGACAAUCUGCACCUAUCGGGCAUAAGUCCCAGCCAUUUCAUCACAGUUCUUCAGCAUACGGUUAAAUCUAUUCGAAGCUUUGUUAGACUGAUGAUCAAUGAGAUGGAAUCAUCAGGCUGGGAUAUCAAUGCAGCUGCUGCAGCUAUACAACCAAGUGUAGUCUUUUUGAAAGCCACUCACAGAUGCUUGGCCUUUGAGUCGUUUGUUUGCCGAGAAAUGUUUGACAGUUUUCACUUCCCAAACUUUUCUCUCCCAAAUGAGUCAUUGCCAGAGCAAAAUCAAUGGCAGCGGUUCUUCUUUGAGAGAUUCAUCAAAUUGAAAUCCACAAGAGUGAAGGAAUAUCUUGCCCGGAAGCCAAAGUCAACAUUUGGUAAAUUCUGCCGUGCCAAGUACCUGAAGCUCGUCCACCCCAAGAUGGAAUCAUCCUUCUUCGGCAACCUCAGCCAGAGAAACAUUGUCAACUCUGGAAACUUUCCAGACACCCCCUUCUUCACCUCAUUCUCAGAAAUGGCGAAGCGGGUUUGGCUCCUGCAUUGCCUGGCCUUUUCAUUCAACCCUGAGGCCAAAAUCUUCCAAGUCAACAAGGGCUGCCCCUUCUCUGAAGUCUACAUGGAAAGCAUUAUCGAUGAACCAUCUCCCCCCCCAGGCUGCCCACCGGACACCCACUCACGAGUGGCAUUCACUGUAGUUCCAGGAUUCAGGAUUGGUAAAACUGUUAUACAGUGUCAGGUAUAUCUCUCCCAAUGUUAAUCUGCCAUGGAACCAAGAUUAUCGAAUGCGAUGAUAGGGCACAACAUAUGGACCCACAGCACAUCUGAAUUGAACUGGAGGCCAUUUCUUUAGACGUUUUCUGAUAGUAAAAUUAUGGGAAGAUGAUGAGAAAUGAAAUGGCUUGCCUGGUUGCUGAGGGUGUUGUGGGGACUCAAAAACAUUGGGCAGAGUACCGAGCCAUGCCGUGUCUUUGUUUUGUGGCCAUUUUUAAAAGGAAAAGCGCGUGGACCGUUAUGGGAGCACCGACUGAACCUUUAUUUCAUUUUCUACUACUCUCUAUAUAUAGUAGUAGUAUAUAUAGAGUCAUUCUCCCAAUUUUGUUGAUAUUUAGGAAGCCCCAGAGGGGCUGUUUGGCUGUAUUAUAUUGGAUUCUCUCUAUGUGACAUGGGUUUUUAUUUAUUUUUUACCAUUUUUAAUGCUAGUACAGGGAAAAGGAGUAGAGCUUUUUCAUUAUUUUAAUAGCAAUUUGACGUCUUUGAAUUUUG